UCCACAAAUACAUCUGUUUCCGUCACAUUCCUCCGCUACCGUUAAAACUCGAAAAUGGCCGAUCUCCAGACCCAACCAAACGGUCCUCGUUCCCGCCAGCUCGUGAAGGCCGCAACCGCCGUCGCGAUCGGCGGCUCCCUGCUUGUCCUCUCAGGGCUGACUCUGGCAGCGACGGUGAUCGGGCUGACGGUCGCGACGCCGGUCCUCGUCAUCUUCAGCCCCGUACUCGUGCCGGCAGCUAUAACGGUCUUCCUGCUGCUAGCUGGGUUCAUGUCCUCGGGCGGGUUUGGAGUUGCAGCCGUGUCAGUGCUGUCGUGGAUAUACAAGUACGUGACCGGGAAACACCCUCCUGGGGCGGACCAGCUGGAGCAGGCGCGCAUGAGGCUGGCGAGCAAGGCCAGGGACAUGAAGGAGCACAUGGGACAGCAGCUCCAGCAGGUUCAGCAGCAGCACGGCAGGGGUGAAGGGGGUGCGCAGGCUUCUUAAGCUGCACUACCUUGGCUUAUGUUAGGGUUCGGCGUAGGAUGCGUUGUGUGUGUGAUUGCGGUAUUGGAUGCGGAUUUCCAUUCUCUUCCAUCUACUCAGCAUCGGCAACGACAUGGCUGAAUGUGUGGGAGGUUAAUACAGAUUGCUGAAUGUGUGGGAGGUUAAUACACAGUGUAAGUUUUGAUAAGAUUGAGGGUGAAUUGGAUGUCGUUAAUACAUAUGGUGGGCCGCACACGUCAAUUUCUAGAUUAAGCUUAUCCUGAAGAAGUUAGUCUUGGAUCUACUCUCUUGAAUUAUUGUUAUCUCCACAGAUGGAAUAACCUUUGCUAUUGUCAAUUGGGCUUCUCUGUUUCUGAUUUA